AUGAGCGGGGCGCCAUCAACACCAAACGCCUUGGAAACCCUCCCACAAGAUUGUUGGGUGCAGAUUCUGGAUGAAAUUUCACCCCCAGACGCUGCAUGUGUAGUAGCCACAUCCCGAGGUCUGCAAAUCUCUUCGGAGAGCUCACUAUAUCGCCAGACCCCCCUCAAGCGGGUCCUGACUCUAUUCCGUGUCAUUCACGAACGUCCAGAUCUGGCUGAACAGAUUCACCAUGUGAGCAUGAUCACCUCGAAACUGGUGUAUCCAGCAGCGCACGAGGAAGCCGAGUGGGAGUUGCCUCAAAUAGAUGGCGACUGGGACCAGCUCUCAUCUCUAUUUCAGGGUGAGGUAAACGCCGCGAAAGAUAUCAUCACCAAGGCACAGUUUCCCUCGUCGGAAAUGUGGAUUCAUGCCCUGGAAAACGGUGACCCAUACGCAUUUGUGGCUGUGCUUCUUUCUCAACUUCAUAAUCUACGGUCGCUGCAACUCGAUUACACUUUUGUGUGGAAAGCUGGGUUUCCGGGAUUGAUGAUGAGACAUGCUCUUCUCUCCGCGCCUGAGAAUGCAUUAUCUCGAUUUUCACAACUCUCCGUUGUCGAGUACGGUCUGAAUGUUCCACGUUCUAGAAGGUUUAACGAAACGAGAUGGAAUUUCAUCGAUGCAUUCCCCGUUUGUGACCCGGAUCAAUUUGCAGGCUGGUUCUAUCUGCCUUCUUUGAAAUCCUUGGAAAUCUGGAUCCAAAGUUUCGAGGGUGUCACCAACGAGUUGUCCAAGCCUGCUGAGUCAAGCAAACUGGCGCAUCUGGCCCAGCUUGAAAGACUCGUAUUGACGGAAUCUUCCGUUGACGAGGAUGAUGUUAGAAAACUACUGUCGCACCUCUCUUCGCUGAAGAGUCUUGACCUGGGCCUUGUCUACCCAUCACAGGAUAAGGAACUCGAUUAUAACGUUUGCUCUCCUCAACCUCCUCUCAAAAAGCAAGGUGUACUUCUUGAAGGUCUGAUGAGUGUAAAGGACACAGUUGAAAAUCUUUCCAUUAGCAUGGAGCUUUGUCCAUUUUGGUGGCCUGGCUCUUGGGGCGCAAGAGUACGUAACCAUCGAACCCCGCAAGAAAGCUUCAAACCAUUCAAAGGAAUCUUGAUGCGGUUCCCGCUUCUUCGAACCGCAGAGCUGCCUUCAGUCAUGCUUUUUGGAUGGACUUGUGCCGAUGCACCAGCUUUGUCUGAGCUUCUACCGCCAACACUUCGGAAGCUCGCCAUUCGGGAGAACCUGUGGCAUACGGAGGACUUCGAGUGGGAGACGGGUCAAGUUGGAGAAGCAAUUCAGAACUUUAUCCCCUUUGCGCAGUCCGUGACUCCCAUGUUGAACACAAUUACAAUUAGAGCCUUUGGUGUCGGAGAAGAGGGUGAUACUGACCCAGACGAUGCCAUGGGGGCUAGAUCAUCGUGUGAGAAGCUUGGGCUGGAUAUAGACAUCAGGUUGAUCCAGUAUAAUCUCUCACCGGGACUCUGGACGACGCACAGGGGACUUGAAGAAGGAUCUUGGAGAGAAAUAUCAAAUCCUUAG